AUGUCAUCGCACGUCCAAAGGAUCGGCCACUACCGGCUGGGGAAGAACCUCGGCAUCGGGUCCUUUGGCAAAGUUCGACUGGCCGAGCACCAGCUGACCGGCAAGAAGGUUGCGGUCAAGAUCCUGAACCGGAACCGGAUCCGGCAGUUGGACAUGGACGAGAAGGUGCGCCGCGAGAUCAAGAUCCUCAAGCUCUUCUACCACCCCCACAUCAUCCGCCUCUACGAGAUCAUCUACACUCCGACAGACAUCUACAUGGUCCGCUGCCCCGCGCCUCCUUCAAGCCCUCUACCCCUCCCCUCCUCCCGCUCGUCCCGUCCCCCGGCCGCGUACGCACGGCGCCCUCGCCUACUCGCGGGCUGGCCGCCGCCGCGGCUGAGGCUGCGUCGGCCGCGGCGGCUGCGGUGGCGGCGUUUGCCCCUCUCCCGCCUCCCCGCCUAG